UUACCUCGAAGAGCUCGCCUCGAGGUGCAGGUGAUGGGGGAAUGGGGCGGGGGUUGAUUAAAAAAUGUUCUUCCUUUCUUAAAAAGAGGAGGGGGAAGAACAGACUUUAAAUUCUUUUGCAAACAUUCAUGCCUAAGGAAGGGCUGGAACAGGCAGCCCCGGCCGCCGGAACCGGUCGGACAGGUAGCGAGCUUGUUGACACCGUUAUGUUGCAGGGCGCAUGCUCAGUCCCAAGUUUCCUGGUGCCUUUUCUAUUCCACCUUAUGAAACUUUUUCCCCGGCGUGGUCUCACUCGCGAUUUAAGGCAUAGGUGUCGCCGAGCCGGGAGGCUGGGAGUCGCCAGGCGUGCGGGGGAUAGGCCUGGGCCGCGACGCGGCGGGGGGUGGAGGAAGAGGGCAGGCGAGGCGGGAAGGUGGGCUCUGGCCGCCGGGAGCCGGGGACGGAGCCGUCGCCGUUGCCCCUAGCGGGGAGCAGCCGGGAGGAGGGGGCCGCAGUCGGGAGAGGGGACCCCACCAUGCCCAAAGUCUUCCUGGUGAAGAGGAGGAGCCUGGGGGUCUCGGUCCGCAGCUGGGAUGAGCUCCCGGAUGAGAAAAGGGCAGACACCUACAUCCCAGUGGGCCUGGGCCGCCUGCUCCACGACCCCCCCGAGGACUGCCGCAGCGACGGCGGCAGCAGCAGCGGCAGCGGCAGCAGCAGCGCGGGGGAGCCUGGAGGAGCAGAGAGCAGCUCGUCCCCGCACGCCCCCGAGAGCGAAACCCCCGAGCCCGGCGACGCCGAGGGCCCCGAUGGACACCUGGCGACCAAGCAGCGCCCGGUCGCCAGAUCGAAAAUCAAGUUCACCACAGGCACGUGCAGCGACUCGGUGGUUCACAGCUGUGACCUGUGUGGCAAGGGCUUCCGUCUGCAGCGCAUGCUGAACCGUCACCUCAAGUGCCACAACCAGGUGAAAAGACACCUGUGCACCUUCUGUGGCAAGGGCUUCAAUGACACCUUCGACCUGAAGAGGCACGUCCGCACACACACAGGCAUUCGUCCCUACAAAUGCAACGUCUGCAAUAAAGCCUUCACCCAGCGCUGCUCUCUGGAGUCCCACCUGAAGAAAAUCCACGGGGUGCAGCAGCAGUACGCCUAUAAGCAGCGGCGGGACAAGCUCUACGUCUGCGAGGAUUGCGGCUACACGGGCCCCACCCAGGAGGACCUGUACCUGCACGUGAACAGUGCCCAUCCUGGCAGCUCGUUUCUCAAAAAGACAUCUAAAAAACUGGCAGCCCUUCUGCAGAGCAAGCUGACAUCCGCACACCAGGAGAAUACCAGCCUGAGUGAGGAGGAGGAGAGGAAGUGAGGAGAAGGAAGGGGAGGACAGACGUUCACACUGCCACAAGUCCUCACAGAGAAUGGCUGAGGCUGAUUGGGACGCAUUAACUGGGCCUCUGGUGAGCCGACUGAGCUGAGUCCCCUGCAGCGCCUGUAUGACCUGCACCAACGUGGGAAUUGCCAUCUCUCCUGCUGGAAAAUCAGUGCUGCCUGUGGGAAGCCCGCCCUGGUUGGAGCUGCAGUUUCCUACCAGUUUGGUAAAUAGCCUCAUUUCUAAUUUAUCUCACUCCACUUUUCUGAACCAGUGACCCAGAUGCAUUUGGUAGCGAGGGGCCUCACUGGGCUGUGUAGCCAGGCUUCUAUAUUAUUGUAGUAGAAAAAGUGAGAAGUACAAGCUGCCUGAAAAUACAGAGGUAAAGGAAGAACACUCAUGUAGUUGAUUUUAUUCAAAACAGACCUG